CCCAUUCCAUUUCACUAAUCUUCUUUGCUUUCUGCUCCCUUUUAAAAGUUUGUUGGUAGUUUUGUUGGAUUGAUCGGUGUUUAGGCUGGGAUUUAUAUUUUAUAUAAAACUGUGACCAUAUUCUUAUUUCUGUGGUAUACCUUCCAAAUCCCACGCUCUCUUUUACUGGAACCGUGUGAACAUUGGACGCCGCGUUAGGUGGCCAGGGGUGCUAUUUAGUGAGGAGCGGAGCGCAGAGGCUACUCCGUGGCCCGGAGUUAUACUUCCUCUCUCUCUCUCCAACUUGCCCUGCCCCUAUUUUGAAUUCCAAACGUAGAGGGAUCUCCCUUCUUCUCCCUGCUUGUGUGUCUUUCUGUGGUUGGGGAAUAAGAUGGGUGAGAACGGUGCAGCCAAGUACUACCAGCAUCCAAUGGAGGUCUCCAUAGAGCUGGGACACCAGCAGCAGCAACAGGGAGGCUCCAAGUUCCACGACGACGACGGCCGACUCAAGAGAACUGGGACUUUCUGGACGGCAAGCGCGCAUAUUAUCACCGCGGUGAUUGGGUCCGGCGUUCUUUCGCUUGCCUGGGCCAUCGCGCAGCUUGGCUGGGUCGCUGGCCCUGCUGUCAUGCUCCUCUUCGCCUUUGUUAUCUACUACACUUCUACUCUUCUCGCUGACUGCUAUCGUUCCGAAGAUCCCAUCACCGGCCCGCGUAACUACACCUACAUGGAUGCCGUUCAUGCCUACCUUGGAGGUCUCAAAGUCAAGAUGUGUGGAUUUAUCCAGUAUGCUAACCUCUUUGGAGUCGCCAUUGGAUACACCAUCGCUGCUUCCAUCAGCAUGAUGGCAAUCCGGAGGUCGAACUGCUUCCAUGAGAAAGGCCACAAGAACCCGUGCCAUGUAAACAGCAAUCCUUAUAUGAUUGCAUUCGGCGUGUUGGAGAUCAUCUUCUCCCAGAUUCCCGACUUCGAUCAGAUUUGGUGGCUUUCCAUCGUCGCCGCUGUCAUGUCCUUCACCUACUCUUCCAUUGGCCUCACUCUUGGCAUCGUCCAAACCAUUGAGAAUAAAGGUUUCAAAGGCAGUCUCACGGGGAUCAGCAUCGGUGCCGUCACCGAAACUCAAAAAGUCUGGCAUAGCCUCCAAGCCUUGGGAGACAUUGCCUUCGCCUACUCCUUCUCCAUCAUCCUCAUUGAAAUCCAGGACACAAUAAAGGCGCCGCCACCAUCGGAGGCGAAGGUGAUGAAGAAGGCCACGCUACUGAGCAUAGUGGUGACCACGUUCUUCUACAUGCUCUGUGGCUGCAUGGGCUACGCGGCAUUCGGUGACGAGGCCCCCGGCAACCUCCUCACAGGCUUCGGCUUCUACAACCCCUUCUGGCUCCUCGACAUCGCCAACACCGCCAUCGUCGUCCACCUCAUCGGCGCCUACCAGGUCUUCUGCCAGCCCCUGUUCGCCUUCAUCGAGAAAUGGGCGCUCCAAACCUGGCCCAAGUCCACCUUCAUCACCAAGGAGAUGAGGAUCUCUCUCACCUCCACCAAGUCCUACAACCUCAACCUCUUCCGCCUCGUCUGGCGCUCCGCCUUCGUCGUCCUCACCACCAUCAUCUCCAUGCUCCUCCCCUUCUUCAACGACAUCGUCGGCCUCCUCGGGGCGCUCAGCUUCUGGCCGCUCACUGUCUACUUUCCAAUAGAGAUGUACGUAGUCCAAAAGAAGGUCCCCAGGUGGAGCACCAGGUGGGUAUGCCUCCAAAUCCUAAGCGUCGCCUGCCUCAUCGUGUCCAUCGCCGCCGCCACCGGGUCCAUCGCCGGAGUUGUCACCGACCUCAAAGUCUACCGGCCGUUCAAGACCAGCUACUAAGACUAAGGCUGUCACCUUUUUACGCUCGUUACUGUUAUUGGUAUUUACCGCUGCUUUUGUUGCUUGUAGAAGGGAAUUGAUGUUGUACCAAAAAAAUAGAAAAGAAAUGGGAACUGAUGAAUAGAAAUAGAAGUUGAUUCCCGACCAAA